UGCUACCUUUGUCUUUCAAUUCUUGUUCCGUAUCCGUCAAUGAGGAAGAAAACAGAAGCAGUGACAGCCGUUAGAAAUCACUCAGUCAGAUGAUGAGAAUUCCUUCCUGUGUGAUCGUGGCCAUUUUCUUCAUCGCCUUCGUCUUUCCUUCUGUGUCCGUUGGCCUUGGUUCAGCCUCAACUCUCUCCGUCAGUUACGAAUCUGGUACGGUUUGUGGAAUCCUCUCAGGCAACUCUUCCCAGAGAAUCCAAUGCUACAGAGGAGGUCAGACGAUUUCGAUCCUUCCGAAUGUAUCUUUCGAAGUCAUCUCCGGAGGCCGAAAUUUCUUCUGUGGACUGACUUGGGAUGGAUCGAUUAUGCUUUGUUGGGACACUAGUUUCUCUAAUACGAGUUUUGAAUCCAAAAGGGUUUAUUAUAACACUAGCGUUAGAUUGAGGGAUGUAACAGUCGGGGAUGAUCAGGUCUGCGCUAUAGCGGUUGAGACACAAGUCGCAAUGUGUUGGAGAGGGGUUGGGAAUAGGUUUCCUUGGCCAUCGAUGGAUCAACAGUUUCAGUCCAUUACAUCAGGGGGAGGGUUUUCGUGUGGGAUUCUGAGUAGCAAUGGAAGAGUUCGGUGUUGGGGUACUAACAAUUCAACCGCUCAAGAGAUUCAGAAUCAGUUUGGGAACAUCUCCAUGAACAGUUUAGUUGCUGGUGGAUCUCAUGCUUGUGGUUUGAAUAUUACUGGGUUUCUCGUCUGCAAAGGGAGAAACGAUUCUGGGCAGCUCGAAGUUCCCGAAAAUUCUUCUUUUGAGUUCGCUGAGCUCGCAUUGGGGUUCAACCAUAGCUGUGCCACUCGAAGCUCGAAUGGUUCGGUGGUUUGUUGGGGAGGAGGAGGACAAUUCUCCAGUAAUUUCACAAAUGGUAUUCCAUUCCAGUUGAUUUCCGCUGGUUCGGAUUUCACUUGUGGAUUGGAAACCAGAAAUCUUUCGGUGAUUUGCUGGGGACCUGGUAUGUCUAUGAACGCUAGUUCGUCAAUUUAUCUGCCUCUGCCACAGAUUGUUCCAGGUCCUUGCACUCUUACUAACUGUAGUUGCGGUCAAUAUCCCGGUUCCGCCGGAUUUUGCGCUGGUUCUGCGACUAUUUGUCGUCGGAAUUGUUUACAAGCAGAAUCGCCAUCGCCCCCCUCACCACCACCGGCGUUAUCUCCUCCUCCGCCAGCAUCAAAGUCGUCUUCAUCGAAAGCGAGAGAUAGGGGUUUAUUGGCUUUUCUGAUUGGGGGAUCAAUUGGGUGUUUCUCUGGGCUCUGUACCAUUGUCUACUGCUUCUGGACUGGAGCGUGCUGUUGCAAACGCAAGAAGAUACAUAAUUCUGUGCAGCCCACCAUUACUGGAGGCAAUGCUAAUGCCGGGGGUAAUGGAAGCGGCGAUAUCUUCAGCCUUCCUCUGUCAAGGUCUUCUACUAUUAGGCGCCAGAGCUCGCGAGCAAUGAGGCGACAGAGGAGUGGGACUUCAUCGAAGCACGCUGACCGGGCUGAGGAAUUCAGCCUAGCAGAGCUAGAAGUGGCCACCAACAACUUCUCUUUGGAGAACAAGAUAGGGUCUGGGAGCUUUGGGACUGUUUACAAAGGCAAGCUUGCAGAUGGGCGAAAAGUCGCCAUUAAAAGGGGAGAGACAGGUACUAAGACCAAGAAAUUCCAAGAGAAAGAAACCGCAUUCGAGUCUGAGAUAGCAUUCUUGUCACGGCUUCACCAUAAAUAUCUGGUAAGGCUAGUUGGUUUCUGCGAAGAGAAAGAUGAGAAGCUUCUGGUAUACGAUUACAUGAAAAAUGGGGCACUUUAUGAUCACUUGCAUUCGAAGAACAAUGUUGAGAAGAGCAGCAGUGUAUUGAAUUCCUGGAAAAUGAGGAUCAAAAUCUUAUUAGACGCAGCAAGGGGAAUCGAGUAUCUUCACAAUUACGCCGUUCCACCCAUAAUUCACAGGGAUAUCAAGUCUUCAAACAUAUUGCUUGACGAGAAUUGGACGGCGAGAGUUUCCGAUUUCGGUUUAUCACUAAUGGGGCCACAAUCUCCGGGUGAGGAGUAUUUAUCCAUGAAAGCAGCAGGAACAGUUGGGUACAUGGAUCCUGAGUAUUACGGACUUCAUGUGUUGACAGCGAAGAGUGAUGUUUAUGGGCUUGGAGUGGUUUUACUUGAGAUAUUGACAGGGAAGAGAGCUAUAUUCAAGGAAGAAGGAGAGGGAGGAGGGCCAACUAGCGUGGUGGAUUAUGCAGUGCCAAAGAUUUUGGCUGGAGAGCUGGAGUCAGUGCUGGAUGCAAGGGUUGAGCCACCUGAAGCACACGAGGCAGAGGCGGUGGAGCUGGUAGCGUUCACGGCGGUGCAUUGUGUGAACUUGGAGGGGAAGGAGAGGCCAUCUAUGACGGACAUUGUUGCUAAUUUGGAGAGAGCAUUCUCUCUCUGUGAUGGAAGCCAUGAAAGAUUCUCUAGUCCUACCAUCUCCAAUGCUCCGACUGAAAGUCAAAGAAAUUCCAGGAUUCAUACAGAAGAUGAUAUUACCCUGGAUUAAUUUUAUCUUCUAAUUUUCUUCUUUUUUAUUAUAUUUUUUGAUUGGUUUUUAGAAUUUU